UGUGUGUGUGAGAGAGUGGUGGUCGGUGGGUGGAACGCGGGCGCUAUUGUCGCGGUGGUGACAUACUUUGUUAGUAUAUUUUUCGUAAAAGUUAGGUAAACUAAAAUUAUGUUUAGUAGUAAAAUUCACGGCAGGUACCUGUAGAGGUUGAAAACUCUAUUGUAACAUAAAAAUUAAUUAAUUAUUCCUUCAAUUAUUAAAAAAUAAGUAAAAUAAGGUAAGCAAAUGGGUGUCGUUCUGUUGAAACCCCACCGAGUUAUGGCCAACUCAAAAUGAGGGGGGGUGGGGACUUUUGUUCCCGAAUGGGGGAAAUUACUCUGCGGCCAUAAAAACUCAGAUCCCCCUGGGUCCGGUGUCUCUAAUUCCAAUACCCGCUAAGUUGGGCUUAGAAACGAAAAGAGUGGUGGGGUGGUACACUGACCGUUGCGUAGUAAAUAACCAAUUUUUCCUAUCACUGCGCAUUUUUCCCGGACAUGGCAAAAACAGUAUAUAAUUCCUAUAUAAUUGUAAUGUGAAUAAAAUUUUUUCUAUGAUAUUAGUGUUUCUUCCAAGUCUGGGGAAGUCUGGGGAUGUAUCAAGUAUGCGUGCAGUAAUCUAGCGAUCCAAAUUACAUUUUGACUCGUGAUUUAUACUCUUCUAGUGCCAAAGUAUUUUUUAAUAUCCCAAUAUGCAUUUACAAUCUUUAGUAGCUGUAAUAGUGAAGGUUUUCGUGAGUCACCAUUUGGAGAAACCACUGGAUCAAAUUUCUGCUGGAGAUAUCAAAUCAUUCCUAAACAGUUUUAAUGAAUACGGACGGAAAACCGACGUAGCUAAGCAAAUAAUGCGCAUUUUAUUUGGAAACAUCUCUGAUGAUCGUGUGGUAGAUUUUGUGAGAUAUAUUAUAACAAAAAAAACUGAAUUCAUAAUACUGGUACCUAUUUAAAUCUAAAUAUUUAUUUAACAAGCUACCUACAUCCUGUAUGGGUUACUUACUUGUUUUGGAAACAUUGAUAAUUUUUUCAGAGUUCAGGUGGCAGUAGCCCCAGUGCGCAUUCAAAAAUGUUUAAUAAAAUUAACCGUGAUUUACCCGACUAUAAUUUCACAUUCAAAGAUUGGAGGAUUGGUCGAGGAUACCCAACAUUCCAACCAGAUAAAUGUGUAAUCAAUGAAAUUAUGCAUAUUUAUGAAAAGUAUAAAUUUCCUAAGAAUCAAGCGACUAUACCUAUAAAAGAGCUCCCUGAUCAAUUGACACAGUCUAAACGUGAGCUCGAUGAACAAAUUGAAAAUUUACCUGAUGGUGAGGUGAGAAGCUUUGAAAUUCUUGAGGAACCAUUACACGAGGGUUGCCGUAAUCAAGAAAGGAAGCUCAUAGAUACAGGUGAACAAUCAAAGUUAUUGAACUCAGUAGUGGCUUAUAAAAUUAAUAUGAAAUGCAAAAAGAUACUUCUAGAAUAUGAGCAACUGCAAAAUUUAAAUGAUAUAAUAUAUUCAUUAUCGGAAGAUGAUUCUUCCAUAAUCUUUACAAGGUAUGAAGAGUUUGUGAAGAAUAUGUCACUUAUCACUUUAGAUAGUCCUAUCGCUCAAGCAUCAGUGGCAGGAAACAUUUUUGCAGAACUUUUAUCCAAAAAUAUUCUUUCUAUGACGGCCAUCACUCAAGGAAUUGAUGAUGUUCUUAAAUAUUGGAAUGAUUUUUUGAUGGAUUUCCCUCAAUUUUUCACCUAUAUUGCUGCCAUUAUUGCUCCAUUAUUAUUAUCACAGAAUGGUACCUUCGAUUUCAACAGCUUAAAAGAUUCUUGUACAUCUAUACGACCAGACAAUUCUAGUAAAUUGUUAAUCGAAGUACUAUAUAAAAUUAAUAGUUCCAAGGAAGCGCUUAACAUUAAAGAAGAGAAACUAGGUGGUAUAUUGUGGAUUUACAACAAGUGGAAUGCGUUGGAAAAUGUUCCUCUUGAAGAUUUUGUGCCCAAUAACCAAAUAAAUAAUUAUUUCAAAAAAGAUCAAAUUGGAGUAUUCCUCUUAUCUAUUGCUAUUUAUGAUAAAAUGAGAUUCGUUGAUAAUAAACUACUGUACAAUAUAUUGCAAAGCUGGAUAUGUGCUAAUAUCAAUGCAGAAAUCAUUAAAACCCCUCAGUUUGUGCAAGCAUUAACUAUUGCUAUUGUCAUUGUAUGUUUGAAAUUGAAUCCUUCUUAUGAGGAUUUCUUUGAUUCUGUUCAUUUGAAAUUAUUAACCUGUUAUAUUCAAUUUGAAUCACUCCCAGAAUAUGAAAUCAAGGAACGAGAAGUAAAAUGCAUGCUGGGCAUUCAAAUAAUGUCUGCUACACUUAAGCAUCCCGGAGGAAUGGUAUCAAAACUGUUCAAUAAGCUCUAUGAACAUAGAGUUAUAAGGAAAGAAUCGUUUGAACUAUUCAUAAAAGAAUAUGAAAAAAUAGCUGACAAAUAGACUGUAUUGUCAUCAAUCUACACAAAAUUCUUCUAUUUUUAAAAAUUAAAUAAUUUUCAGUUACAAUUGAUAUGAAAAAUUAUCAUAAUUAUAAAAAGUUCUUAA